CUCGCCUGGAAGAUGUUCUCAUUCUGAUAUUCUGGUGUUGUAAUUACCCUUUCCUCACCUCCUUCCCUCAACACCGCCAAUGUCAUAUCUUCACCCCCUGGAUGCGGUGCCGGAUAGGAGUCAUACAGCACGUCUUUCCCCGGAGCCUCAAGAUCCUCCCCCUUCGCCCUAUCUCCCUCUUCCUAUCUCUUCCCUAUUUAUAGCAUUAACUUAUACUUCUUCGCCCCUUAUUGUCCCACUCUUAUCCCGCGCCUUGAUAGCAUCUGGUUCAUUAAACACAUACAAUACCUCCCUAAGUUCCCUUCUACUCCUCCCAUCUCUACACAUCUCGCUAUACACGCCUCGCUCGUAAGCAGCAAACAAGCAAGAAAGAAAGACUAAACAGUAACCAAUUAAGCCAAAUCCACCCCAAGACCGACCGCCAAACCCCGUUCCCUGGUCUCUUCUGUUUCUAACCCUGUUAUGUGCGUGGAUUCAAAGAAAGGAAAGGAACAGCAAGAGGAUAAAUAUACCUAUUGUCCUCCUACGAUCAUCUCUUCCCCAUGCUAUUCACU